AUGACAAUCAACCCACUAGGCAUCCGCGUUUCCAUAGACCGCGGCGGAACAUUCACAGAUGUUCACGCGUCCAUCCCUGGGCGUGAUGAUAUUAUCCUCAAACUCCUCUCGGUAGAUCCCGCAAACUACCAGGAUGCACCGACGGAGGGAAUCAGGCGUAUUCUCGAGCUGGCAACUGGCCAGAUCCUGCCGAGAGGCGAGCCUCUAGACCUCUUCCACUUCGAGUCCAUUCGCAUGGGCACCACGGUCGCUACCAAUGCCUUGCUGGAACGCAAAGGCGAGCGCGUCGCACUCAUCACAACCAAAGGCUUCCGCGACCUCCUCGCCAUUGGCAACCAGUCCCGUCCAGAUAUUUUCGACCUGUCGAUAUCGCGGCCAGAUGUACUUUUCGAGACUGUCGUCGAGAUCGAUGAGCGCGUUACAAUGGAAGAUUACACAGAGAACCCGGAGCCGACCAAGACAGAGGUCGACGGCACCAAACCUGAGCUUGUUUCUGCAAUCACAGGAGAGACCGUUCGCGUUCUCAAAAAGCCUGAUAUGGAGCUUGUGGAAUCCCAACUGCUGGCGCUAAAAUCUCAAGGCUUUCGCUCGGUUGCAAUUGCUUUUAUUCACUCCUACGCAUAUCCCGAUCAUGAGCUGCAAGUCGGUCGCAUCGCUCUAGAGAUGGGCUUCUCAGUUACCUUGUCCGCAGAGGUGCAGUCAAUGAUCAAGAUUGUCCCCCGCGGUACGUCGGCUGUGGUUGACGCCUACCUGACACCCAUCAUUCGCCAAUACAUUGAUUCCAUUUCUGCCAACUUUCGCGGCGGCUUCUCGUCCGCAGCUACGCGCAUCGAGUUUAUGCAGUCAGACGGCGGCUUGUCAGACUAUCGAAAAUUCAGCGGCCUCAAGGCCAUCUUGUCUGGGCCUGCCGGUGGUGUCGUGGGCUACGCACAAACCUCUUGGGACGAGGAGGAGAGAUGCCCGAUCAUCGGGUUCGACAUGGGUGGCACCUCCACAGAUGUCUCGCGGUACGCUGGGUCCUAUGACCAUGUAUUCGAAACUACGACUGCCGGAGUGAACAUUCAAUCGCCUCAGCUCGACAUUCACACAGUUGCGGCAGGUGGCGGUUCUAUUCUCACCUGGAAAAAUGGUUUGUUCAAUGUUGGACCGGAGUCUGCCUCGGCACAUCCUGGCCCGGCAUGUUACAGAAAAGGCGGUCCAUUGACCAUUACAGAUGCAAAUCUCUUUCUCGGCCGACUAUUACCAGAGUACUUCCCGAAAGUCUUCGGCCCCAAGGAAAAUGAGUCGCUCAAUCGCGAGAUUGUGGUUGCCAAGUUCUCAGAGCUUACGAACCAGAUCAACAACGAGAGGAUCGCAGCUGGUCUCUCUCUAUUUUCACCGGAGGAAGUGGCCCUGGGAUUCCUCAAGGUUGCCAAUGAAGGCAUGGCUGGCCCGAUUCGCGCUCUCACUGAGGCCCGUGGCUAUGACGCCGCUGAUCACCAUCUCGCCUGUUUUGGUGGUGCUGGCGGACAGCACGCUUGCGCUGUGGCCGAGGUGCUUGGGAUCUCGCGCAUUAUCAUGCACAAAUAUUCCUCGAUUCUAUCUGCUUACGGCAUUUCGUUAGCAGAUGUUGUGCAGGAACUUCAGCGACCGGCUGCUCUUACCUGGAGUCAAGAUACGCACAGAUCUAUUCAGCUAGAGCUGCAGCUACUUGCCGACCAGGCAAAACUCGAUCUCAUGAAGCAAGGUUUUUCGGAGGGCCAGAUUGCAUUUGACCUGUACCUCAGCAUGCGAUACGCGGGUUCCAGCAGCUCCCUCAUGAUCCUAAAGGGCUCUGACUGGAAUUUUCGACGUGAAUUUGAAGAAGCGCAUAUUCGUGGUUUUGGAUUUCACUUUCCCGAGAAAGAUAUCAUCAUAGAUGAUUUCAGGGUCAGGGCGAUUGGCAAGAGUCAGUCCAAGAGCUUCAAAACGCCCUACAGCCAACUCAAAGAUAUGAGUGAUCAGGACGGGACUGUUGCCAGCCCUGUUGGAAAAAAGACUGUUUAUUUUGAAGGUGCCGGUCACGUUGAUACGUCUGUUUACGAGUUGCAAACCCUCCCCACCGGAGCUCGAAUCGCUGGCCCAGCUGUGGUCAUUGACAAAACGCAGACUAUAUUGGUCAGUCCAGGCGCGACUGCGACCAUAAUAGAAAAUUAUGUCGUAAUUGACAGAGACGUCGCGCCGGCGAUCAAGAAGGUCGAGGAGGAAGAGUUUAGCCCCAUUCAGCUUUCUGUAUUUGCCCAUCGUUUCAUGGCUAUUGCAGAGCAGAUGGGUCGCACGCUCAGAAAAACAUCUGUAUCUACAAACAUCAAGGAGCGCCUGGACUUUUCUUGUGCCAUCUUCAGUCCCGAUGGAGGCCUGGUCGCCAACGCGCCACAUGUGCCAGUUCAUCUAGGCUCGAUGCAGUUUGCUGUGCAAUACCAGCACCGUUUGUGGGACGGCAAGCUGCAAGAGGGAGAUGUUCUCGUGUCCAAUCACCCCUCAUGCGGUGGCACCCAUCUUCCUGAUAUCACAGUCAUUACCCCCGUUUUCGAAAAGGGUGCUUUGGCCUUCUACGUCGCUUCGCGCGGCCAUCACGCGGAUAUCGGAGGGAUACUUCCAGGCUCUAUGCCACCCACAUCGUCCGCACUUUGGCAAGAAGGCGCGGCAAUCGAGUCGACCAAGUUGGUAAGUGGUGGCCGUUUCAACGAUGAAGAGAUCCGCCGCCUGCUUCUCGAGGAACCCGCCAAGUAUGAAGGUUGCUCGGGUACUCGUCGCUUGAUGGACAACAUUUCCGACCUGAAAGCGCAAAUCGCUGCCAAUUCAAAGGGCAUCAAUCUAAUCACUGUGCUGAUCGAGGAAUUCGGCCUCUCAUGUGUUCAUCGCUACAUGUAUGCGAUUCAGAACACGGCCGAAGAAGCUGUCCGCGAGCUCAUGCUUUCGACGGCCGCAAAACACGGCCCAGAGCCUCUCGUUGCUGUCGACUACAUGGAUGAUGGGACACCAAUCAAGCUCACCGUGACAAUUGCCAAUGAUGGCUCUGCCACAUUUGACUUUACAGGCACAGGAAACCAUGUCCUAGGCAAUACAAAUGCUCCGCUCGCCAUCACACACUCUGCCAUCAUCUACUGCUUGCGCAGCUUGGUCUCCUCUUCGAUCCCUCUGAACCAGGGCUGUCUAGCUCCCAUCGAUAUCAUUGUGCCGCAAGACACAAUCUUGAAACCUGGGUCUGGUCUCGCCGUUGUUGGCGGCAACGUAUUGACUUCUCAACGCGUGACUGACGUCGUGCUAAAGGCAUUCCACGCAUGUGCUGCGAGCCAAGGCUGCUGCAACAACCUCACGUUUGGUACAGGCGGCAAGGAUCCCAUCACUGGCGAGCACAAGGAAGGCUUCGGCUACUAUGAGACCAUUGCGGGCGGUGCUGGCGCAGGCCCAACAUGGGCGGGCCAAAGCGGCGUUCAUACCCACAUGACCAACACGCGCAUUACCGAUCCUGAGGUCUUUGAGAAGCGUUAUCCCUGUAUUCUCCGUCGCUUCGAACUACGGACCGGCUCCGGAGGGAGGGGCAAAUUCCGCGGUGGCGACGGAACCGUGAGAGAGAUUGAGUUUCGCGUGCCCGUGCAGUGCUCGAUCCUGAGCGAGCGACGAUCAAGGCAACCGUAUGGCAUGGAAGGCGGCGAAGGCGGCCAGACAGGUCUGAAUUCCGUACUCGUGACGGAUAAGAUGUCGGGCGGCAAGCGACUGGUGAAUCUCGGCGCCAAGGCGACUACGAGGCUUGAGCCUGGUGAAAGGGUGAUUAUUCAGUCUCCCGGUGGAGGUGGCUGGGGAAGUGAGUUGUAA